AUGGCAAUUGCAACCAACAGAGUAGCUUUAUCGACAAUCAGAGACACUCAAUUGAACUCCUCAACCCCAUUAACAGACAAGUACAAAAGAGUAUCCCUCAAACGAAACAAUGAUAUCAACAAGCUAAUAUCCUUGACACCAAGCAAGUUUAAGAAACGGACACCAGACCUCAUUACACGUUCUUUUUCCAUUGAGAAAUCCGGUACUUACUAUGCCAAAACAGCAUCGCAACAACAGCAUCAACAGCAACAACCUUUGAGGUCUGUGAGCUUCAACUUUAAUACCCAGCCCUUCAAUACUCCACUCGACCAAUCACCCUCAUGGAGAACAAAGUCAUCAACAUCAACAUCAACAACAACAACAACAACGACAACACAAUCUGCAUUUAAAAACAAUACCGCUGGAUUGGCUGCUACAAAGUUAAAAUUGAAAUUACAGUUUGCCCUCCAUAAAGUCAAACAAAGAGGAACCAGUAAAUACUCCUCUUCUACUUUAUCUUACACAGCCAAGAAGCCAUUGGAGAUUGAUACUCUCCGGCUGAGAGUCUCAAAGACAAUCACAAGCCCAUUGUCUUCACGCAAAUCCACUCCAAACGCGUCACCAUUUUUUGAUCCUUCCUACAUCCAAAUGGAUGCCCUCGCAUCAUUACCAACUCCACCCGAACCACAUCACCAACAACAACCACAACAAAAACCACAACAAAAGCAACAACAACAACAGCAAUCAUUAUUGCACAACUACUACACUAGGUCAGUCAACGUCAAUUUGCAAAGUGUAAAUAAAAACCAAAGCGCGACAACAUCCUUGUCCAAGGUAGCCACAAACAAAACAAAGAAAAGAAACCAAAGACUAAGAUUAUUCCAAAUUAAAAAGAACAGCAUCUACUAUACAGAAAACAAAAAGAAAUUACCAUUAAUCUCUGAAACAAAAUCAAGGGACAAUGAGCUAAACAACAAAUCAACAGUCUCUCUGGAAAAUUUGCAAUUGUUUUGUCGGCAAUCAUUCUUGGAAUCACAAAACACCAGGCCAAUAAAAAUAGAAGAGAUAAAGCAGAAUGAGACAACCAAGUCAAAAGAGCCUACACCACUAAUCCGCGAGACCAACAUUCUCCCUUCUAUAAACUUGUACGGCAGCUCCUCUUCUUCUGCAUCAUCGCAUUUUUAUUCAAACAAAAAUACACUUGAAUUACCGCCUAUCAGCAAGAUUUUGAAAACCCCCUUAAAACGCGCCAAUUUUGCCAAAUCAUUCAGGUUCCAACAAUCAUUUGACAAUGCUGCACCAGCAGUCAUUGCUUCCAGGACACCCACUGUGGCAGACGACACAACAAUCGAAGAGGAUAACGAUAUGACAUUGAUACAAAACUCAACUAUAUACAAUUCCACCAUUGAUCAACAAGAAAAUACCACAAUCAACCAAACAAAAGAUGGCGAUGAAACUAAAGUCGUUAAUGACGACGACGACGACGAUGAUGAUGAUAUUGAAACAAAAAAAGCAAAAAAAGAAAAAGAUGGUGACGCUAGAGAGGAUCGAGAGGAUCAAGAGAACGAUGAGUACAAGCCAUCUGUUUUAACCUCCUCGCCUUUCAACAACCACCUUGGAACUCCAAAUAGCUUUAGUGUUGCAAAGUCUUUAUUACAACUUGGGGGCCACAGAAUGUAA